AGAGCCGGCCUGAGUUUGAAGCAUCAUGGUUUCCACAUCAGUGCUCGUGCUGCAGCUACUCCUGAUCUCACUGGUGUCUGCAUCACACCACUAUGGAGGACUCAGCACCUUCAGCUCUGAUAUAAACUCUGAUGGAACAUUUACAGUCAACAUUAGCUUCAAGGACACCUUCGAUGGGUGUCACGCCUCUAAAAACAUUCAUUGUUCCAAUGGCAACUGUGGAUAUGAGGUCAGUCGGCAUAGAGUUGUACUUGACAACAGCACCAAUUCACCGACAAAUACCAGGCAAUGGUGUGAAGUAGAGAGAGUGAUCACAAGACGUGUUCCAUCCAACAAACCUUUCUCUUUGAGCUUAGAUGGCUGUUGCUGGAUUCCAACAAGGAACUUCAUCUCUUAUUGGAUACAACUGACCACUGUGGAUUUGGGUACAAGAUCUGACACAAGAGAGCCAAACAAAUCACCAGCUACUGGCAUGCUACCUCUUGUUCGAGUUCCUCAAAACUGCCCGCGGGCAUACAAGAUCAUGGCCUUUGAUGCUGAUGGUGACCGAGUACGAUGCAGAUAUGGAAAAAUUUCGAAUAAAGAAUGCAGCAGGUGCCGUCAACCUGUCGGCUUUUAUCUGAAUCAGGACUCUUGCACUUUGCACUACGAUUACACCUUAUCUGAUCCCAGAGUUUUUGGAUUUGAAUUGGUAGUGGAGGACUUUCCACAACAGCCCAUCACACUAUCCUAUAGUGAUGGCUCCCAUUGCUCCAGGUCUCCGCUGAUGGCCAGGAAAAAGAGGUACCCAGUCAGUCCACCCAACAGUCGGCCGUAUAAAACCACAACAGAACACUCAUGGUCACGCUGGUCCACAACAACGCCAGAGCCAUGGGGGCAAAGGCAUACUACUAGAGGUGAACCUCCUACAGACUCUUUGAUUACAUCAGCACCACCCACUGUGCCAUGGUGGAAACAUUAUAUGACGCCUAGUCAAGGGAUGCCUUCUACGGGCUCAUGGACGACAUCAGCACCACCCACCCAGGUACCGUGGAAAACUACAACAGCACCCCCGUGGUGGUGGUGGACUCAGCGGACUACAGGACGUGCAGCAACAACAACCUUGCGGUCUUGGCAUCCUACCAUAACAUCUUGGACACCCACUACAAGACACCCAUAUGCCCCAACUCCAGCUCUUAGCAAGCUACCCUUGCAGUUCUCAUUACUGGUGGACCCUCCUGUUCCUUCCUGUCAAGAGGGACUUUACAUACCGAGGCUCGUAUAUCCAACUCCCCAGAAUGGACAGCAUAUUUAUGUAGAGGUCAAUAAAGAAGUGGAGAUCAGAGUCAAAGCGCAAGCUGUGCGUGCAGAGAUACAUGACAUCAUUAUGAGUGGGCCAGCGAAUGCCAACAAGCAUAGAACCACGCAUGAUGAGUUUGUCAUAAGGUGGAUACCCAGGCCUGGCGAUGAGGGUAAACAUCGUCCACUCUGCUUCUCUGUUGAAUCAGUCAUACGAAGGCAUGCUCUAUCAGUCUAUCAAUCUGAAAUGAGAUGUGUUCUGCUUGAAGUUCAGAAGGCGAAAGUUAAAGCUACGGUGACCUGCGCUGAGUCCAAUAUGACGGUGGUAGUUGAGAGAGCAUCACUCCACUGGAUCGAUUUGGAUCACCUACGUCUCUGUGAUCCCUACAACGUAGAGUGCAGUCUUCAAAGACACUCCAACAGCACACAUGUAGUUGCUGUCAUCCCCCUUAACUCUUGUGGCACACAGCUGGAGGAGGAUGAUGAUAAUCUCAUUUUCAAGAAUGAAAUAAUCACUGUGGACAACCCUAGACUCAUCGUUACCAGGACACACAGGCUGGAAGUUGGCUUCCACUGCCAGUAUCCCAAACGAGGAAAUGUAACCCAGAGUUUCAUUGCACACAGAGAGUCUAUCACAGUUUGGGAAAAGGGCUUUGGCACGUUCACCUACCAGUUUGAGUUCUACCCAGAUGCCCAAUUCCGAACCAUAUUUAGUCCAACCUUAUACCCUCUGGACUAUAAACUAGGAAACAGGAUUUACAUGAAGAUAGAGGCCUCCUCUUUGAUCAACAACACUGAACUUUUUGUGGAAUCAUGCCGAGCUGCUCCAUAUGACAACCCCAACUCCCAGCCAACCUACUCAAUCAUUGAAAAUGGAUGUCCAAUAGAUCCAACAGUGCAGAUCUACACCCCAGCUCAUGAACAUGAAUUCAGGUUCAGCAUCGAGGCCUUCCAGUUCAUUGGAUUGCAUGAUCACGUGUACAUCAGCUGUUCAGUCUUGACGUGUGAGGCAGGGAACCCCCACACCAGGUGCUCACAUGGAUGUAUCCAGACCACAUGGACAGAUGAUUACCACCACCAUGUAAAGAGAGAGGCUGUCAUCCAGAGUGCCAAGCAUUUGGUUUCGCAAGGACCACUGCGCCUGAAGAGAUCAGCAGAGAGUGAUGGACGCACAGUGAUGAAUUUGAAUAUGAACCUCAUAUUCAUCACUGGAUGUCUUCUUGCAGUUGUUGGCAUGAUCAGUGCUACCGUCAUGUACAAAGCCAAAAUGUCAAGCGUUAAAUAUGAACGUUUGCUGACAUUUGAAAGCUAAACACUUGCAGGUAGUAGAUGCAGAUUUUUUUCUACAUUAUUCAGAUACAACAUUUUAUUUUGGGCUUGGUGGAAAUCAAAUGUAUUUGGAUGA